UGCGGGAACUGGAGAGGCUGCGGGAGCUGGAGAGGAUGCUGAAGCUGGGGUGGGAAGCCCUCUACGAGCAGCAGGCGGAGCCACACAGCAGCCUCGAGGAACUAAACAACGAGAACAAGAGCGCACUGCAGUUGGAGCAGCAAGUAAAGGAGCUGAAGAAGCUGGGCGAGCUGAAAGACAGGGUAACCUCUGACCCAUCCAAGAAGGGCUGCGAGGUGGUCACCAGCAUUUGGGGAGGGGAGGUGCCAGGCCAGAGGCAGCUGCAGCCUGGGGACCGGUGACCCCAGCAAUCUCCAGAGCAGUCCUAUGACUGUUUCUUGCUUCCUACCCUCUGAGUUUUAGAGGUGGGGAGCCCUGGGCUCCCCCCAGGUCUGGACAUCAUUAUCCCAGCUAGAGGCAUGGAGCCCUGGAGUCACAGGGGAAGAGACAGUGGUAUAAGAGGUUGGCCGGAUGCGGUGGCUCAAGCCUGUAAUCCCAACACUUUGGGAGGCCGAGAUGGGUGGAUCACCAGGUUAGGAGAUCGAGACCAUCCUGGCUAACAGAG